AUGUUUCCAGUUGGACAGUUUCAUAAAGCGCAGACUAAAAACGAGGCGAUGCCUCAAAAUGACGAACGAAAAACUGAUAGUGGAAAAGGCAAAAUAUUUGUUAACAAACUAGUCUGUUUCAAUUUGUAUUCGUUUUUACUGAUAUUUUUUCUAUCUCUACAAAAAGCCAAUUCGAACACGACAAAUAUGAAUCAAAACAGCGACAGUGUUAAUAGAAUAAAUAAUAAAGAUAAUUAUAAAAUAAAUAGUGUGCAAAAUGAUUCACCGAACGAAGAAUACGAUGAACACGACGAUGCUCACGAGGAAAAACACAAAAAUGUCAAUUUUGAUAAGAAUCCGUAUUAUAGUAAUGAAAAUUUCGCACAACACAGCGAUCUUUACAGUCAUGAAAGAAAUGGUUACAGUGACUAUGUAGACUAUAAGAGAUAUUACUUGAAUCCCACAAACCCACUCCCAAAAUCUAGUGUUAAAUUUAAAAUAAGCAGUAGGAUAGUUCAGACGAAAUAUGGAAAAUUACAGGGGAUAGUACUGGCGAUGGACGAACACAGAUAUUUGAGCCCACUUGAAGUUUUUUUAGGUGUGCCCUACGCUACGCCUCCCGUGGGAUCGAAUAGGUUUAGCCCUACAAGGACACCUUCACCUUGGGAUGGCGUAAGGGUUUCCGAUCGUCCAGGUCCGGCUUGUCCCCAAAAGCUUCCGGAUUUAGCUGACGAAAGGAUUCUAUUAGAAAAAAUGCCCAAGGGACGAUUAGAUUAUUUAAAAAGACUGAUACCUUAUCUUAAGAAUCAAAGCGAAGAUUGUCUUUAUUUAAACAUAUUUGCACCUUUGCAAAUGGACGAAACAAAGUUAGCUCUGCCUGUAUUAGUGUACAUCCAUGGUGACAGUUACUCAAUGAGCUCAGCGAACCCUUAUGAUGGCGCAAUCCUUGCAAGUUACACAGACCUCAUUGUCGUAACUUUAAACUUUAGACUGGGAGUAUUAGGUUUCCUAAACGCUAACCCCACUCCACACUUGAAGGCUAGAGUGGCGAACUACGGUUUAAUGGAUCAAAUAGCUGCUUUGCAUUGGGUUCAACAAAAUAUUGCAUUGUUUGGAGGUGACCCAACGAAUAUAACUCUAAUGGGCCACGGAUCAGGAGCCGCUUGUAUCAAUUUCCUUAUGAUAUCACCGACGGUUAUGCCAGGUCUUUUUCACAGAGCAAUACUUUUGUCCGGAUCAGCACUAAGUUCGUGGGCCAUAGUUGACGAUCCUGUUUACUAUUCAUUGAAAUUAGCGAAACGUAUGAACUGUACCAUACCGGAAGACCUUGCAAAAGACCAUGAAAUAAUAGUAGAUUGUUUGAGAGAUGCAACGAUAGAAGAACUACUAUCAAUUGACAUAUCACCUCCGAAUUUCCUGACUGCUUUCGGACCAUCUGUAGAUGGAGUUGUAAUAAAAACAGAUUUCGCCAAAGACUUUCUUACACUUCACUCGACUUCAGAUUUUCCAAGUUUUGGUCCUUUAAAUAAUAUGAACCAGAAUAACUAUCAUAUAAAAAGAAGCGAUAGUGGAAGGAGGUUGUUCCAGAAUAAAUACGAUUUGCUCUUCGGUGUUGUGACGUGUGAAUCUCUUUGGAAGUUUUCAGCCCAUGAUAUCCAGAAUGGUAUCGAACCAGAGAAAAGAGACCGCAUGCUAAGAACCUACGUUAGGAAUUCUUACACGUACCAUUUGAGCGAGAUAUUCUAUACGAUUGUCAACGAGUACACCGACUGGGAAAGAACGAAUCCAAUAAACACAAGAGACGCCACCGUAUCAGCUUUAUCGGAUGCUCAGUACAUUGCUCCGUUAAUACAAAGUGGUGACUUGUUGAGUGGGGGACCAAGGAUAGCGUCGAGCGAUGAAGACUCUCCCGGAAGACCAACAAAAACAUUCUUCUAUGUGUUUGACUAUCAGACAAGAGAUGGAUUUUAUCCGCAGAGAAUGGGCGCGGUGCACGGCGAGGAACUCCCAUAUAUCUUCGGGGCUCCAUUAGCAGAUGGUUUCGGACAUUUCCCUGAGAACUACACCAAGUUCGAGACGGCUCUAUCUGAGUCUAUAAUGCUUUUUGUGGCCAACUUCGCUAGAACCGGGAAUCCAAAUGACAACGCUCGUCAAGAAGCCUUUCUGCCAGCGUCAAGGGAAAGAAAUAAGUUUCGCGGAAUAAAUUGGGAAGAGUAUGACUCGACACACCAGAAGUAUCUCGAAAUAGGUAUAAAGCCGAGGAUGAAAAACCAUUAUCGAGCACAUCAGCUAUCAGUUUGGCUUCGACUCGUUCCCGAACUCCACAGAACAGGUAUGGAAGAUGUUGCGGCGCGCCACAAUUUAUUCAGGAACCAUAACGAACAAGAUCUCUAUGAGGGCAUCGUUCGACCUGAUCCUUUGGCACGAAAUACAGAUAAUGAUCCGAUAAGGCGCAAUGGCUCAGCUUAUACCGAUACAGCGCUAACCACGGUCGAUACGAUAUUAGCUACGUGCGUGACUAUGAUGCCAAACGGGAGAGAUUUGCAGAGUUUCAACGCCACGGAUAAUACUUUAGCCAAUUUAGAAGCCGCAGGCUAUGCGGCGUAUUCAACCGCUCUCAGUGUCACAAUAGCUAUCGGUUGCUCCUUGCUUAUAUUGAACGUUUUGAUAUUCGCCGGUGUUUAUUAUCAGAGAGAUAAAUCAAGGUCCCGCGGGAAACAGCAACGGUUCAAUGAGAAACACUUUGAAACGAUAUCUGGAAAACACUCCCAUUAUCAUAUCGACCCUAACCUCGCCCCUAGCUUGGUCGUGGACAUCGAGCGGCAAAAUAGAAAGAAAAUUAUGGCGGACCCGAGUUUGGGGAAUCUGAACUUUAAGGGACCGUUAGACGGUCCAAAAUCACCAAGCCCGACUCUCAGCAUAGAUAAUAUGAUGUUGCCAAGUAAAUUGGGCAGUCGUAACAGCAGUUUUAGAUUGCCAAAUGUUAGCUAUCCUCAAGUGGGUGGGUAUGCGACAUUGCCAAAAAAUUUGAAUCAAUUUAGUAAUUCGCCACCCCUUCAAGAUUUAAGGCAUAAAUAUCCUCCAAAUGGUUCUGCAGAUUCACCUGGCAGAGAAGAAUCUGCAAGAGCCCAUCACGCAACUCUAAGGAGAGGCAAAUCUCUACAUCCCACAAGUCUACCGCAAGCUGCUAUUGAUGAGAUGCGAGUGUGACAGAGAAAGACUAUGAGUUUUAAGUGAUUUUUGAAGUGUAAAUAAUUGUACGGCAAUAUUUUUUAGGUGAGGACGUUAUGGAUACUUUCAGUCGCUGUAUUGAUUGAUUAUUAUUGAUUAAAGAAAUCCGAUAUA